UAACGCAGUCGUACGGUGGUCUAAGCGUGUCAGUGUCUGUCGAGAGCUCCGCGCGCGGAUCCAGGCGACCGUACCGACGCUGCGAUGCCGAUCUGCGCGCCGUCAUCGGACUCCUCGGCCUCAUCGGCGUCGGGUGGCCGCGCGUGGAUAGUCCACGGGCUGGCGCUCGGCGCGGCGGCUGCGGCUGCGGCUGCCGCGGCGUACCUGUACCGCCGGCCGAGCGGAUUCCGCAGCCGCGCGGUGGGGAUCAUACCCGCGCGCUUCGCCUCCUCGCGCUUCGAGGGCAAGCCGCUCGCGCACAUCCUCGGCAAGCCCAUGAUCCAGAGAACAUGGGAAAGAGUUAUGUUAGCUUCUUCCUUGGACCAUGUUGUUGUGGCAACCGAUGAUGAGAGAAUUGCAGAUUGUUGUCGAGGAUUUGGAGCUGAUGUUAUAAUGACAUCAGAAUCAUGCAGAAAUGGAUCUGAACGCUGCUGUGAGGCACUUCAAAAGCUUGGGAAACGUUAUGAUAUUGUUGUCAAUAUUCAAGGCGAUGAGCCUCUUAUUGAACCAGAGAUAAUAGAUGGUGUCGUUAUGGCACUGCAGCGAGCUCCUGAUGCAGUCUUCAGUACAGCUGUUACUUCACUGAAACCUGAAGAUGCAUCUGACACAAAUCGAGUAAAGUGUGUUGUGGAUAAUCAGGGCUAUGCAAUCUACUUUUCAAGAGGGCUGAUACCAUCCAACAAAUCAGGGAAAGUCAAUCCUAAUUAUCCAUAUCUUCUUCACCUUGGAAUCUCGGGCUUUGAUUCAAAGUUCUUGAUGAUCUAUCCGGAACUUUCACCAACACCUUUACAACUGGAAGAGGACCUAGAGCAACUUAAAGUUCUUGAAAACGGCUAUAGGAUGAAGGUGAUCAAAGUGGACCAUGAUGCCCAUGGUGUGGAUGCACCUGAGGAUGUUGAGAAAAUCGAAGAACUGAUGCGAGCCAGAAACAUUCAGUAGAAAAUGAAGAGAGUAUCUGCUUUGCGUUGCCAUCGGCUAGGCUCACUGGGAGACUUUGGGCUGUGCUGCACCCUUGUCUGCAGAUAGCAUGGUAGUAGCAUGCAAACCUGCUGAGUUGAUCAGUUUGGAGCUGUUCGGUUAGCUGUUCUUAUUCGUGCCCCUUUUUCGAGACCCACAGGCCCCUGUAUUUAAUACUUGCAUGACUUGUUUCGUUGUAGACUGGUGUAGUGGUGUAGCACGGCCUCUUAAGGCAUAAUAUCAGAUAUUUCAAUUCACUCCUGACUC